AUGCCCAUCCCGCGAUAUGGAGUCUGGAAAGGCACCGCGACAAAAUGGGACGGUCGCCAGAAGCCCGGACACGGCCACAUCACCUUCACCGAUGGUAAGAGCUCAGGGUUGGAUGCGGCGGUCAACAUCCAGUCCGAGUCGCAGGAUAAGCGCCUCGUGUACUGGCUGCUGCGCGACUUUGACCAGACACACCCGGUGGCGCAGAAGCUGGCGACGCUCGACCCCGGCUUCUACGCACAGCAGGGCCCCAACAGCCUUGGCCUCGACUUUUUGCGCGGCAACUUCCUCGACGUACACAAGGGCAUCCUGGUGUCGAACCAGUCGCAGGCCGAGAAGCUGCAGGCCGAGCGGUCGCACGGCAGCGAAGCCUCGCGCGAGGAAGGGGCGGCGGCUGCCGCCACUACGGGCGGGCCGCACGACAUCCUCGGGUACCUGAACCCGAUCCUCAACCGGGCCGUGGCCGAGGGCGCCGACAUGUACAUCUACGGGCAAAAGUACCCGGCCAGCAGCAAGCUGCAGGGCAUCCACGACAUCCACAUGAAUCAGGGCAACGCGGGCCAGUGGAAGGGCGACAACGGCACGUACCAGGACGGCGGCAUCAUCGUCGCCUUCUCGGACCACUGGGAGGGCAUCUUUCUAGCGUUUGCCGUGCAGACAUACCAGACCGACGACGGCGGCCAGCCCAUCGGUCAGACAUUUGCGCAGCUGCUGUCGGGGCAGACAGACCCGGGGACUGAGACGCCCCCGGCACCUCCAGCCGGCGACGACGACGACGACGACGACGGCACCAGACCCCAGCCGCCGUCGCGCCCGCUCACCGUGUCGAUCCAGGCGGCGCUCGUCAACCCCGUCGGGCCCGACGAGGCGGCCGCGGCGCACGGGCAGGGCGAGACCGUGUACCUGCUCAACCGCGGCGACCAGCCGGUGGCACUCGAGGGCUGGACCAUCGCCAACGGCGCCGGGCAGGCGCAGACGCUGCGCGCCGUGCAGGUGCCCGCGCACAGCAAGCGGGCCAUCGCCGUGCCGGCCGUGCCGCUCAGCAACAAGGGCGGCUCCAUCACGCUGCGCGACGCCCACGGCAAGCUGGUGCAUGCGGUCAGCUACUCUAAGGAGCAGGCUAGGAAGGAGGGCGUGCUCGUCUACUUUGAGCAGCAGGGCGUGAGGGGCUGA